AGCAUGGGUAACCGGGGGCGGUGACGUCACCCCAAGUUCCUGGAUUCGGCUUUUGAAAGCGAAGAAACGAAAGGGAGCAGUGAGUGAAGUCGAGAAUAGAGAGCAACAUGUCACGUAGUGGGUCCACAAGGCCAGUUGUACCCCAGCCCAAACCGUCUUGUUCCAGGGGCAGGGCCAAAGGACUGAAAGAUAUCAGGGUUGAUGAAGAAGUGAAGAUUGCUGUUAAUGCCGCACUUGAGAGGUUUCGAUACAGUGAUCAAAAAGAAAUGGAGUUUCCAUCUUCCUUGACAAGCACCGAACGUGCCUUUGUUCAUCGCCUGGCCCAGUCAUCAGGUCUGAUUUCUAAAAGUAAAGGAAAAGGAACAAACAGAUUUCUUACCGUGAAGAAGAAGGAUGGUUCGGAGGGAGCACAUUCCCUAAUGAACUUCAGCCUGUCCCUCAAUACCAAGCAUUUUGUACGAAGUCUGCUUCAGAGAUAUCCUGUGACCAACAAAGAGCGAACUGACCUUUUGCCUAGAUCUGAAAGGGGAAUGUCAGUUGCUGUCGAAGCCGAAAGAGAGAAAAACAGAACAAGCGGGCGCCUCAACAAUGGGAUCCCUCAGACUCCUGCGCGGCGAGGAGCCUCUGACUUAGACUCCUUCAGGCGCUCACUUCCAGUGUUUGAAAGACAGGAAGAAAUUGUCCAGGUUAUUAAAAUGAACAGGGUGGUAUUAAUUGUUGGAGAAACUGGAUCUGGAAAGACCACACAGGUUCCCCAGUUCAUUUUAGACGACUCUAGCAAGAGUGCAGUCCCGUGCCGAAUAUUCUGCACUCAGCCAAGGAGGCUUGCAGCCAUUGCUGUGGCUGAGCGAGUGGCUGCAGAGAGAGGGGAAAAGAUUGGUCAGACCGUAGGAUACCAAAUCCGACUUGAAAGCAGAGUUUCUCCAAAAACCCUGCUUACAUUCUGCACUAGUGGUGUACUUCUGCGUACGCUGAUGGCCGGAGAUGCUAGUUUGGCAACCGUAACACAUGUCAUAGUGGAUGAAGUACAUGAGAGGGAUGGGCUAAGUGAUUUCCUGCUGACUAAAAUUAGGGACAUAAUGCAGAAAUUGCCAUCUUUGAAACUAAUUCUGUCUAGCGCAGCUCUUGACGUGAACCUGUUUGUAAGAUACUUCGGCUCAUGCCCAGUUAUAUACAUCAAGGGAAGACCAUUUGAAGUUAAGGCUCUUUUCCUAGAAGAUAUCUUACGGACAACUGGAUAUACAAACAAGGACAUGAAGAAAUACAAGGAGGAUAAGCUAAAAGAGUGUGUUCCUUUUACAGAGGAAAAGCAAAAGACAUUGCUCACCGAUUGGUGCAAAGAUCAGGACAGAAACAGCAGACCAGAAAUGAGAAAGAACAGCACACAAGAGCCUCAGAGAGACAAAGCUGCCUCUUAUCUGUUACAGGAUAAUGACUUUUUUGAUGGUGGUGGCGACGCUGUAUUUAGUCAGCUGAAUGAAAAGGAUGCUACUUCACUUGAGCCUUGGCUGGUAAAAGAAAUGGAUGCUUGCAUCUCUGAUAUCUUCCUUAAUAAAGAUGUCGAUGCAUUUGUUCAGCUGUUUAACCUCAUUUUAAGUGAAAAUGUCAGCGUUGAUUACAGGCACAGCAAGACCAGCGUCUCGCCGUUGAUGGUAGCGGCGGCCAGAGGAUUUGUGAGUCAUGUCGAGCAGCUGCUCAGCAUGGGGGCCAGUGUGGAAUUGAGAGCAUCCAAUGGCUGGACAGCACUGGACUGGGCUAAGCGAUUUGACCAAACUGAAGCAAUUGAAGUACUUGAGUCUUAUAUCUCCUCAUUAGAAGCUGUGAAGCUGGAUGAGAGCUCGCUUGUACACACAGAAUGUGGUGUGCUGAGCACUGAGGAACAGGAGCUCCUGAAGAGUUACCAUCACAGCUUUGAUGAUGAGAAGGUGGACCUGGACCUCAUCAUGCACCUCCUAUACAAUAUCUGUCAGACCUCUGACGACGGUGCAAUUUUAAUUUUUCUACCAGGAUAUGAUGAAAUUGUAGGGCUUCGGGAUCGCAUCCUUUAUGAUGAUAAAAGAUUUGCAGACCAUUCUCAGAGGUAUCAAGUGUUCACUCUUCAUUCAAAUAUGAAUACCUCUGACCAAAAGAGAGUACUUAAAAACCCACCUCCAGGCAUCCGUAAAAUAAUUCUCUCAACCAAUAUUGCAGAAACCAGCAUUACGGUGAAUGAUGUGGUCUUUGUUAUUGAUUCUGGCAAAGUCAAAGAGAAGUCUUUUGAUGCCCUCAACCAUGUGACAAUGUUAAAGAUGGUGUGGAUAUCAAAGGCGAGUGCAAUCCAGAGGAGAGGAAGAGCGGGGCGCUGUAGGCCAGGCAUCUGCUUUCAUCUGUUCAGCAGAUUGAGGUUUGAAAACAUGCUGGACUUCCAGGUUCCUGAGCUCCUCAGGAUGCCACUGCAGGAAUUGUGUUUACACACCAAACUGCUGGCUCCAAUUGCGUGUCCUGUUGCUGAGUUUCUUGCUAAAGCGCCAGAACCACCACCUACACUGAUCGUUAGAAAUGCAGUACAGAUGCUCAAGACAAUAGAUGCCAUGGACCCCUGGGAAGACUUAACAGAACUGGGGUACCACUUAGCUGACCUGCCAGUGGAACCUCACCUUGGGAAGAUGGUGCUUUGUGCUGUGGUGCUGAGAUGCCUUGAUCCUAUCCUCACUAUAGCCUGCACUCUGGCCUAUAGAGAUCCAUUUGUUCUGCCUGUACAGGCAGCCCAGAAGAGGGCAGCAAUGCUGUGUAGAAAACGGUUCACUGCAGGGACUUUCAGUGACCACAUGGCUUUUCUAAGAGCUUUUCAGGCGUGGCAGAAGGCUCGUAGUGAUGGCUGGGAGAGAGCGUUCUGUGAGAAGAACUUCUUGUCUCAGGCCACAAUGGAAAUGAUCAUCGGGAUGAGGACACAGCUGCUUGGACAACUAAGAGCCAUAGGUUUUGUUCGGGCAAGAGGGGGGGGUGACAUCCGUGACGUGAACUUGAAUUCGGAGAACUGGGCUGUGGUGAAAGCAGCCCUAGUGGCCGGCAUGUAUCCUAACCUCAUCCAUGUGGACAAGGAGAAUGCAAUGCUAAUGGGCUCAAAAGAGAAGAAAGUGAGAUUCCACCCUAACUCGGUGCUGAGCCAACCACUGAAUAAUAAGAUUCCACCAGCAAAUGGUCAAGCUGCAGCUAUUCAGUGUCUGCCCACCAGCUGGCUGUUAUACGAUGAAAUGACCAGAGCUCACAGAAUAGCUAGUAUCAGGUGCUGUACUGUAGUGACAUCGCCUACAGUUGCCAUUUUUGGAGGAUGUGCAAAGCUGCCGAGCACUGCUUUGCAGGAGCCAUCAAUGCAGAACGCCGAUGGCAUUAAUGAGAGCAGUGAUAGUGAAACAGAAGACCAGUCGGUUAACAUGGCCACUUUGAAGAUUGAUGAAUGGAUGAAGUUCAAAUUGGAACAUGAGACGGCCAGCCUCGUGUUCCAGCUGAGGCAGAAGUGGCACAGCCUGUUCCUGCGGCGAAUCCGGACCCCCUCGAAGCCCUGUACUCAAGUGGACGAGCAGACGCUGCGGGCUCUGGUAUCUGUACUCACGGCCGAGGAGCAUCUCGCCGGCCUGCAGCAGCCCUCCGGGAUUGGUCAGAGACCCCGGCCCAUGUCUGAAGAGCCCCCUCAGCUGUCAUCCUGGAGGACCGCCAACAGCUGCAGGAGCUGUCCUGACUCAGAGCCUCCAGAUGAAGCUUCACACGCUGAGGGGGCUCAGGGGAUGUCUCCGGCACUUUACCAGCCAAAGGGAUACAAGGAAAAGAGGGCUCCACAUGUGAAACGCAACGCUGAUGACAGGUCAGAUCAGUCAUCUGUGAAAUCAACAGACAGCAACAGCUAUCCCAGUCCCUGUGCCAGCCCUUCACCCCCCUCGUCAGGGAAGUGUUCCAAAUCAGCCUCACCAAGGCCAAAUACAUUGGUGCGCUACUUUAUCAUGAAAAGCAGCAAUCUCCGCAACAUUGAGAUCUCCCAGCAAAAAGGAAUUUGGUCCACUACACCAAGUAAUGAGUUGAAACUGAACCGUGCAUUCCUGGAAAGCAGUAAUGUUUUCCUAGUGUUUUCUGUGCAAGGAUCUGGACACUUUCAGGGUUACGCUAGAAUGACCACGGAAAUAGGGCAUGAAAGAAGUCAGGAGUGGGGCUCGACAAGUCUUGGGGGGAUUUUCAAGGUUGAAUGGGUCAGGAAAGAGAGCCUUCCUUUUCAGUAUGCACAGCAAUUGCUCAACCCCUGGAAUGAAAAUAAGAAAGUACAAAUAAGCAGAGAUGGACAGGAGAUUGAGCCUCAAGUUGGUGGUCAGCUGGUACAGCUGUGGGAUCGGAUCUCUGGGACAGUGAAGCAGUCGCAUGGUGCAUCUGGAGUGCCUUAAUGACUGACCUUAUUUCCGACUAUCUCUAUGAAGAUGUUACUUCCUAAAUGCUGGACUAUGUAGCAAUCUAUGCCAACUAAGAGCUGUGUUUGAAUGAAGAUUGUUACUUGUAUUUUUUGCUGUUUUCUAUGCAUUCAAAAUAUACAGUAAGAAUAUUUGUAAAGAUUGCUCUGAUAUUUUAACACUAAUAUACAGUAGGUAAGUAGUAUUAAAGGAAAUAGUACUUAGUUUAAUGUGUGUUUCAUUGCACUGAAUCACUUCCCUAAAGAUUAAAGCAACAUCCUCCAAAUGGAAGCAAAGCUGACCCAUUAAUGCUGAUUACAUAUUCCAUUUUUUUCUGAAAUGUCAAACUGUCAAACUGUUCAGGUUAAUGUUUUUCAUUUAUGUAACUUGUGUUCAGGUACAUUUUCCUUUUAGGUACAAUUAUGUUCAUGUUUAAGAAUUUCAUGGUCUUUAAUUUAAAUGCCACACAAUACAUUGUGGAAAGUUUUGAUGUUAAGUCAUGUUUAUAAUUUGUACAAUUUUAAUUAAUGUUAUAUAACACUGAAAAAUUACCUAGGUUGGAUCCUUGAAACUAUUACCCUGAUAUGAAGUGCACUUGGGAAGGACUAUGUGAACAAGUGUUUCUAUCUGAAGCCAUCAAAGGCUUCCCUUGUUAAGGACACAAACCUUUAAUAAAACAUUUAAUAAUGA